AUGGUCAUGGAUCAUCAACAUUUCUUCUCUCUCUGGUCAUGUCCGCACGUUCUCAAGAUCAAGAAACAUUACUUGGUCAGCCUUAUCUUUAUACUUAGCCUCCUCAUAUUCUCCAGCCUCGUCACCGUCAAUCUCUCCUCCUUGGAGCCCUUUCUUCGUUUCGGAUUGUUCUCUUCUUCUUCGUCGUCGCAAAGCCUAAAAAAAGAUUGCGAUUACUCAGAAGGAAGAUGGGUUCGUCGAACAUCAUCAUCGUCUCUUGGAUUGUUAUACGGAGAAGAUUGUCGGUUUCUUGAUUCUGGUUUUCGUUGUCGUAAGAAUGGAAGAAAAGAUUCUGGUUAUCUCCAAUGGCGAUGGCAACCACAUGGAUGCGAUCUUCCAAGAUUUAAUGCAAGUGAUUUUCUGGAGAGGAGUCGGAACGGGAGGAUAGUGUUCGUGGGAGAUUCCAUUGGAAGGAACCAGUGGGAAUCUCUCAUGUGUAUGCUUUCACAAGCAAUACCUAAUAAAUCUGAAAUCUAUGAACUACAUGGGAACCCCAUAACUAAACACAAAGGCUUUCUCGCGAUGCGAUUCCCUCAGCAAAACCUCACGGUUGAGUACCACAGGAUCCCAUUCCUUGUCGUGCUUGGCCGGCCACCAGAAAAAUCGCCGGAAGAGGUCAAAACCACACUGAGAGUCGACGAACUCAACUGGGAAUCGAAAAGAUGGGUAGGGGCAGAUGUUCUAGUCUUCAACUCAGGGCACUGGUGGAACAAUGGAAAAACCAUCUUAGUAGGAAGCUAUUUCGAGGAGGGAAGGAAAGUGAACAAGACAAUGGGAGUAAUGGAAGCAUUUGGGAAGGCUUUAAAGACAUGGAAGUCAUGGGUUUUAAAGAGACUUGAUCCUGACAAGAGUUAUGUCUUCUUCAGAAGCUACUCUCCAGUGCACUACAGAAAUGGGACAUGGGAUUUGGGUGGUAUAUGUGAUGCAGAGAUGGAGCCUGAGACCAAUAAAACAAAGAUGGAACCUGAUGCAACUCACAAUAGAUAUAUCUAUGAAAAUGGAAGAAAAGACUCUGGUUACCUUCAAUGGCGAUGGCAACCACAUGGAUGCGAUCUUCCACGAUUUAACGCGAGUGAUUUUCUCGAGAGGAGCCGGAACGGGAGGAUAGUGUUCGUCGGAGAUUCCAUCGGAAGGAACCAGUGGGAGUCUCUCAUGUGCAUGCUUUCACAAGCAAUACCUAAUAAAUCUGAAAUCUAUGAAGUAAAUGGGAACCCUAUAACUAAACACAAGGGCUUUCUAUCGAUGCGAUUCCCUCAGCAAAACCUCACCGUUGAGUAUCACAGAACACCGUUCCUUGUGGUAAUUGGCCGGCCACCAGAAAAAUCGCCGGUAGAGAUCAAAACCACAGUAAGAGUGGACGAAUUCAACUGGCAAUCGAAACGAUGGAUCGGGUCAGAUGUUCUGGUCUUCAACACAGGGCACUGGUGGAACGAAGAGAAAACCGUUAUAUCAGGAAGCUAUUUUGAGGAGGGAAGGAAAGUGAACAAGACAAUGGGAGUAAUGGAGGCAUUUGGUAAGUCUUUGAAGACAUGGAAGUCAUGGGUUUUAAAAAGACUUGAUCCUGACAAAAGUUAUGUCUUCUUCAGAAGCUACUCACCAGUGCACUACAGAAAUGGGACAUGGAAUUUGGGUGGUCUUUGUGACGCAGAGAUAGAGCCUGAGACUGAUAAAAGGAAGAUGGAACCUGAUGCGAGUCACAAUAGAUAUAUCUAUGAAGCAAUUGAGGAAAUGAGAUAUCAACAUAGUAAGGUUAAGUUUCUGAACAUUACAUAUCUGACGGAGUUUAGGAAAGAUGGUCAUCCUUCUCNGUAUCNNGNGCCGNGNACUCCNNUUGAUGCUCCUCANGACUGCAGCCACUGGUGCUUACCUGGCGUACCUGACACAUGGAAUGAGAUUCUCUAUGUGCAACUCUUGUCUAUGAACUAUAGAACAAAGUGA